AUGGAGCCAAACAAUAGCUACCAGGACCCCCCGUGCGCCGUGUCGAAGACUUACGGAUGUGAUCUUCGCAGGAGUUAUGAGCUAUGGAGCCCUGAAGAGAUCUUUCCGACCAUGUGCCCUCUACCGAGCUAUUACGCCCUGCCACUCUCGUGGACGGUUCCCCAGGUCAGGUACAAGCCUCAGCCCCGCUACGAGAAGCCACCGUACUCUUACAUCGCCCUGAUAGCGAUGGCCAUCAAUUCGUCGCCGAAGCAGAGGCUCACGCUGUCUGGCAUCUACCGAUUCAUCAUGGACAGGUUUCCCUAUUACAGGGAGAACCGUCAGGGCUGGCAGAACAGCAUCAGGCACAAUCUCAGCUUGAACGACUGUUUCGUGAAGAUUCCCAGGGACAAGAUCACGGGUGAUGACAAUGAGGAAGAUCAGGCUGGGAAGGGUAGCUACUGGACGUUGGAUCCGUCCGCCAGCGAGAUGUUCGAGCACGGCAAUUACAGGAGAAGAAGGAUGAGGAAGCAGAGGGGGUACGCGCAGAACGACAGACGGGAACAGGAUCGAGGGGGCGUCUCGGUAUCGUCGGAACUCUUGUCCGAUUUGACGAAGCGCGAAGAGAAAAGCGAACAGGACCGUAAAAUAGUCGAGGCGAAAGAUGUCGAGGAAGCGCAGAAAACGAGAUACACGCAGUCUCAAGGUCACUGCAUGAAGUCCAUGAUGUUCACGAUCGAGAAUAUCUUACGAAAGACCACGGACGAGCCUGCUACGUAGCUAUUUACAUUCAACGAAUAUUACUAUUAAUAUACGCUUCCAUCGGAAUCGUUUCGUAAAACUGUAUAAUUUACCCGUAUUGCUCACUAAACGGUCGAACCACGUAUAUAUAAAUAUUUUUAUUAUAGAAACGCUUUCGUUAACGAUGGAGGUGAAGGUUAAUGCAUGUUUUAAACGUAUAAAUUAACUUUUUUUUUUGUAACGUUCGCUUUGUACAAAAAUGUUUUUAUUUUCGUUUAUACAU